UGGUUAUUUCAAUAAAAAUAGGACUGAAUUUUCCAUAGUUCUUUAGUGUUUUUUUAAGUGAUCUACAGUUUAUCAAUAAAAUGGAAUACACCUCGAUGUCAAAACCCGAAAGUUCUUCUACGAAAGGGAUCUUAGCAAAACCAAAUAACAGUAAGAGGCAAACUUGGAUGUCGCUGAUUGAAAAUUGUGUUAAAAAUCUAGAUAACACAAAUGGCGAAUUGACAAGUUUACUUGGAAAAAUUGGCGAUGCAAAAAAAAUCCCAGUCAAGUGGAAUAGAAUAAACAAGCCCAAGUUUAUGAUAUUUUUGAACAACAUUGAUGGUUAUUACGUUAAUCCUAAAGUAGACGAGCAAUCAUGGGAUCUUGUUUCAAAAGCCCUAAGAGAUGAACGUAAACAUAAAGCUAAAAAUAACAUAACAAAUGAUAAUAAAAAACAUACAGCAGCACGUAAAAUCACAGCUGAAGAAAGUGGAAACAAGGCAACCAAUGAUGUUAUUUCUGGCGAAGCUAAUAUGAAAUUGAAGAAGGAAAGUAGAUCACAAGUGAAAGAACCAUCAUUUGAAGAAAAAAAAAAUGCCAGAAAAUUAGCAAAAAAACUAGCCAGACAAAAAAAUGCAAAGAAUAAAGUUAUUGAUAAUGCAGAAUGGACAAACAUGAUUCAAAGUUUAGUACAGCAAGUUAAUGGUGACAAUGAAGAACUAAGAAAUCAUCUUGAGAGAAUAAGUCAUGCCCCAAAUAUUCCUCAAAAAGGCAAAUGGAGUUCAAUGAAUAGGCCUAAAUUCAUGACUUUUUUGAUGAAUAUCCCGGCUUAUAAAGUGGAUCCAACCAUAACUGAUAGCCUUUGGAACCUGAUUAGGAAACACCUGAAUGAAACUCAAACAAAGAGUGCCAAAAGCAUGAUUGGUGAAAAAAUCAGAAUGGGUUCAAAAGAACAAGAGCGAAAACAGACCUGGAAGACUAUCUGCGAAAAUGUAAUUGUUAAUAAUAAAGAUGAGAAAUUGACAAAGAGCUUACAGAUCAUAGCUCAAGCUGAGAAAAUCCCAAGAUAUCUAAACAAACUCAACCAAAAGAAAUUCAUGGCAUUUUUGCAAAACUUACCUACUUUUCAAGUGAAUCCUGCAACAGAUGAAAAAAUAUGGAGUCUCUUUUGUGAAAUUCUGGAACAGCAUAAGAAAACUGAGGGUCUGAAAGUUGAUGAACUGAGACAAGAAGAUGAAGUUGCAGAAAAAGGAACCAAAAGGAAAGCUGCGCCCGUGAAUGGGAACCUUUUCAAUGGAAACAAGAAAGUAAAAAAAGAAGCUUAGAAAAGCUUGUCUCCAAUUAAAAAGUAUAGCAGUAACAAUGAUGACAACCAUACUGAGGAAGUUGACAAUACAACAAAUCCUACAAGCACCCCAGUUGAAAUCAGCGCUAUGUAAGCUAAACAUGGCAAAAAGCUACUGUUGAAAAAUCUGCUAAGACAAAGUUACAAAAGAACAUUUAAACCAAAUUGAAGAUUCUGUUGUGGUAAUAGUAAAGAUUGUUGAGGUUUACAAGCAUCAGGCAAUGUUGUGUAUGAAACUCG